AUGCUUUUGGCGUCAGAUGGGUUCCUGGUGACUGGACCCAGGACCGGACUGCCCUUCAUGUUGGCCGAUGCCUGCUUCGAUGUGUGGCUGAGCAACUGCCGCGGAACCCGGUACUCCAGGCGUCAUACCACUUUGAAGGCCACCCAGAAAGAGUUCUGGCAGUUUAGCUUUCAUGAAAUGGGAAUGCAGGACUUACCCGCCCAGAUCGACUAUGUUUUAGCGACCACGAACCAGAGUGCAUUGCACUUUGUAUGCUAUUCUCAGGGAUGCACCACCCUGAUGAUCCUGCUCAGUAUGAGACCAGAGUAUAACAAGAAGAUCAAGACCGCCAAUCUAUUAGCCCCAGCGGUCUUCAUGAAACACUCCCUGACGUGGGGUCUUAAAAUAGUCAAGCCGAUAUUUAUGCGGCUGCCCGACGGGGAGCUAUUACCCUCAAAAGGUUUGCUAACUUCUAUUUCCGUGGUUCCCAAUUUGGUGGCCACAAACCCGUCUGGACUUUCCACAAGGCAGCCGAAGCACUACAUACAGCUUAAGGAAUCUGGAAAAUUCCGACAAUACGACUUUGGGCCUAAAAAGAAUCGGAAACUCUAUGGCCAAACCUCGCCCCCAGAAUAUCCGCUGGAGAAGGUGAAUCCAAUGACACCCGUCAACGUGUUCUACAGCGCUGGAGAUAACACCAUCUCAACAAAGGACAUUUUAAAGCUGGUCAGCAAGUUGGCCCGGUCGGUGAAACACAAGAUCAAGGAGCCUACCUGGGACCACUUGGACUUUAUUUUAGGGAAGACAAUAGAUAAGGUUGUCAAUCUACCGGUUAUCAACAUAAUCAAUGCAUUCGAGAAUUCUCAGAAGGAAUGA